CAGUUAUCAGUUCCGGGAGGGGUUUUAUCGCAGUGCGCGAGAGGAGGAGGGCAGAGAAGUCCUUCUCUUUCCCGCUUAUUAUCCAUCAUGUCCCUUACACAGAAACAUAACAUGACUCCAUGACCGUCAAAGCCAACGUACAGGAUCUAGAGAAAGAGAUUGCAGAUCUCGAGUAUCGUUUGCGCAAUGCCAAAUCUCGUCUAGCACAAACCUCCGUGGCGCAAUCUGCCGAACCACGACCUCCAUCCUCAUCGCCGUCUUUACACCUGCCUCUCCAAGCCGUAACUAUCUACAGAACUAUGCUGGACGGUUUUCUCCCCUUAGACUCGAAUUUCCUAGCACCUACCCAUGCGCUCCUCCUCCUAUCGGAUUCCGCCCUCCCACUGGGCUCCUUCGCAUACUCCAGCGGCCUGGAAUCCUACAUAGCUCACAACAAGCCUCUCCCGCAAUCAAUAACCCCGGCUGCUUCCUUUCAUCGAUUUUUAAGACUAUCUCUGGCUUCCAUGGCUAGUCUUUCGCUUCCCUACGUUUUAGCGGGAUACCGCCAUCCUACCGAUUUAGAAGCCCUAGAUAACGACCUAGAUGCAUCGACUCCUUGUCCGGUCGCCCAGCGCGCAAGCAUCGCCCAGGGAAGGGCAUUACUAGGGGUCUGGGAGCGAGCAUUCCGGAACCCAUAUGCUUCAGGCAACCCUACGGAAGCGAUCAUGACCAUUGAGACCUUUUCAGAUGCUCUGAAAUCAUCGGUGGAGGGCGUAGACGAAUUAGGCCCGAAGGGGCAUUUUGCGCCGUUAUGGGGCGCGGUAUGUCAAGCCAUGGGGAUGGAUGCGCAUCAGACCGCUUAUGUAUUUAUGCUGAAUCAUGCCAAAGCCGUGCUCAGUGCGGCGGUUCGGGCUUCUGUUAUGGGUCCCUAUCAGGCCCAGAGUGUCUUAGCUAGUAAGGACCUCCAAGAUAUGAUUGCGGGCCGGAUAACCCGAGAGUGGGAGACUGCAGUCGAAGAUGCCGGCCAAGUCGUCCCUCCAUUAGACCUUUGGGUUGGGCGACAUGAACUUCUAUACAGCAGAAUCUUCAACUCUUAA